AUGGCGACCACUCGACCUACCACCGCCGUCAGCUCCAGCAGCAGUGGCAAGUUGCGGAGCCAAAUUGGACGAACCAAAAGGAGAAUUUCGGAGCACUUGUUGGAAAAAGUACCCGGAACGGAUUCAAUCAAUGGCUACAAUGCUGAAGAUACAUACGACUUCCUAUUGGAUCUCGGAGACACUAUGGGCAACCUUUUAACACAAUCCAGGAAACUUCAACAAUUGGAUCAAAAAUGGACAAACCUCAUCAACCAGAACCCGUCGGAGAAAGAAAUUCAGAAGCAGUAUAUUGACACAUACGAUGCAAGCCGCAGACGACUUCAUCGGAGAUGCCACAUCAACUCAAACACCAAUCACUUAACCACCAACUAA